AUGGCGAUGACAGCGACUCUUGCAACCCCUGCCCUGCUUGCCGGAGCCGCAUACCUCGAUGCCAAACUCCAGCUACACUAUGAUUUUCGGGAAAUUGCUGCCCUCGUCGCCGUCCAGGCAUACAUGAUACUUCAAACACGACGCAAUCGCAUCAACCUGUUCUACCUGCUCGAAUCCCUCUCCGAGUCCCGCGCCAAUGACCCAUUUCUGGUCUACCAAGAUCACCAAUGGACCUACAAAGAGGUGUACGAUACCGUCCUGCGGUACGGGACAUGGCUCAAGCAAUCACAUGGCGUGUCCAAGGGAGAGGUUGUCGCCAUAGACUUCAUGAACAGCCCUCAAUUCGUCUUUCUUUGGCUGGCAAUGUGGAGUAUAGGGGCAAUCCCAGCUUUCAUCAACUAUAACCUUGGUGGUGACGCUCUGCUACAUACCAUACGUCUUUCGGGCGCGAGGCUUGUGAUCGUGGACCCGGAGAUAUCCAGCGCCUUCACAGAUGACAUCCGAGAACAAUUGAUUUCUGGAAAGGGAAGCAAAACCAGCGAGACAGUUGAAACAGUCGUUUUCGUCCCAGACGUUGAGGUACAAGUGAUGUACACGUCGCCAGUCCACUACCCCAAUGACCUAAGAUCCAUUCAAAACACAAGCGACAUGGCCAUCCUAAUUUUCACCUCCGGCACUACAGGCCUCCCAAAAGCCGCCAUUGUCAAUUGGAUCAAGAUCUAUCGCUCUGGUUGGCUGUUCUCCUCUCUGACUAACCUCUCCUCCAAAGAUCGCUAUUACACCUGCAUGCCCCUCUACCAUGCGACCGCCACCCUCGCUUGCGUCGGUCCCGUUCUCUUCACUGGCAGCACCCUCAUCCUCGGCCACCGCUUUAGCACCUCAACCUUCUGGCCUGACCUCGAUCCUGUCACUAGCGAGAACCUCGACAAGAAGCACAACGUAAAACUUGCUUUUGGCAACGGCUUACGACCAGAUGUCUGGGAACGUUUCAAAUCCCGCUUCGGCAUCGAGACGAUUGCGGAAUUUUACGGUGCCACAGAGGGUCCCAUCGCAUUCUUCAAUCUCUCCUCCAACGAUUGGGCGUCUGGUGCCAUCGGGCGUCAUGGGAAGUUUAUCGACACCCUUCUUGGCCUCGGCCGGAUCACUAUCGUAGAGGUCGACUGGAACACUGAGGCGCCGGCGCGAUAUUCUAGCAAGGAUGGCGAGUUGUGCAAAAAGGUAGCCAGAGGAGAGCCUGGAGAGCUUCUGUAUGCCCUCGACGCUACGAAUCCACAAUCAGACUUCCCCGGCUACUACCGCAAUCCGAGCGCUUCAGAAAAGAAAAUAGUGCGCGACGUUUACCAAAAAGGAGACGCUUUCUACAGGACGGGCGACGUACUCCGCUGGGACGAAGAGGGUCGGUGGUGGUUCGUGGACAGGAUUGGCGAUACCUUUCGCUGGAAAAGUGAGAAUGUCUCCACUUCUGAGGUUUCCGAGGCGCUUGGGACGCAUCCGGAUGUGCUCGAGGCGAAUGUUUAUGGUGUCAGCAUCCCACAUCAUGAUGGGCGGGCAGGGUGUGCUGCUGUGCAAUUAAGUCCAAAAAUCACAGACACAAAGGCAGUGAUGGGCAGCAUGGCAACCCUUGUGAAGCAGAAAUUACCCAAAUACGCGAUUCCCGUGUUUGUGAGGCUGGUUAGUGAGAUGGAUCGGACUGGAACGAAUAAGCAGACGAAAGCGAAAUUGAGGGAAGAAGGCGCUGAUCCGGCAAAGGUUGCGGAUGGAGAGAGCUUGUGGUGGUUGAAGGGAGGAGAAUAUGUGCCGUUUGGGAAGAGGGAUUGGAAGGUUUUGGAAGGAGGUGGCGUGAAAAUGUAG